GGGGCUUGGUCUUGAAGUUUUCAGAUGCAUCUGUAGAUGAAUCAUAACAGCAUCAAGAUGUCGGGACGAUCAGGCCGCGCCGAGACCCGAAGUCGGGCUAAAGAUGACAUUAAAAAGGUCCUGGCAGCCAUCGAGAAGGUGCGCAAAUGGGAGAAGAAAUGGGUGACAGUUGGAGACACAUCCUUACGCAUAUUCAAGUGGGUGCCAGUAACAGAAACAAAGCAGAUAUACCGCACUAAAUCCACAGGUGGAGAUGUCAGAGGAAUGAAAGAUGUAGUGAUGGAAAACACCAACUCUUUACUGGAUUUCACUGAUGAAAACAGCAACCAGAGCUUUCUUUCUGACGUUUACCCCCCGAAAAUGGACAACAGCAGCAGCACUUCCAGCUCGCAGCAGGUCAGCCCUCCACAUACCUCCAGCCUCCGGACAGAAGACUCUCAGCCACCAAUGCUGGGCCAGGAGAGUGUGGAUGAGCCAGUUCAUUCAGGGCAGGAGGGGGCUGAUGAGCCUCCCACUCUCAUCAAGGAGGACCUUCUUUCAUCAGGAGCAGUCAGACGGAGCGCCCCAGACACACAGGAGGAAUUGGAUGAAUCAGGAGCACCCCCUUUAAAGAAGAUUUGCACAGGAGAAAAUUCUACCCUCAGAUAGCUCAUUUAUAAUAUUUUUGUGAAAAUGCACAUGAUACCUGUCCUCAGUCAGAUUAGUUAAGCUUUCAAAAUGAUUCUAAGGUUCCCUUGACAUAUUUACGCAAAUAUUACAUUUCAGCAAAUUAGGAAAAAAAGUAUUUACUGCAAAAUCUUUGCCUACAUUUAAAGGUAUUUAAAGUAUGCUAUUUCAAGUGAUUAUUGAAAUGAAUGAAGAGGAUUUUCCAAAUGUUGUGUGGCUGCUGUUACAGGCAGUGUGUAUUUCAAUUCACAUGCUGUAAAUGUUUUCUGGCAAAUUACUGUUUCUAAUUUACUCUUAAUGCAGUUGAACUUUACUUUUGCAUGUUUCCAUAUCCAAUUGCUUCAUUAUUAUUUUUUGUAGGUUAGAGGCCACUUUGCAGAUUGCUGUUUUGAUGUGCCUUUUUGUAUUAAAUACAAGGCUCUUUCUGAAACAGAUCUUCUUUUUGCUUAUCACAUGCAGGAAAAAUGCUUUUUUAAUAUUUAUAAUAUAAUUUGCCCAUGUUUAUAACUGAUGUUGUUGUAAAACCAUAAUAAAUGCUACUUUCCAA